GGUUCACCGUUUCUCGAAAGCCAUAUCCCAUAUGUCUAACGGGUCUCUGAUGCAGCUGGAGCUAAACUGCUAAACCAAUCAACCAACUGCUGCUGGAGCCUGGAGAUGAGCGGUCUAAGCAAGCUCGUGAUCGGACUCACCGUGGUUUUCGUCGUCUCUGUCGUGGCUCUGAUCGCCCAGGUUGUUUAUGUCAUCUGGUGUCGGAGAAGAUUCCGGCGAGAGAACUCCACUGGAGAACCUGAUUUCACCGGUAAGCCUUUUGCCAGCCCUUCCAAGGAGUUGCUCUACUUCUUCUGCUGGAAAAAUCAGUCUCGCAUCGAGCCCGCCGUCCCUCCAACUUCCCUGGCUUCCGAUGCGCAGGAUGCGGCUCCGGAGCUCGUGGACCCGCUGAAAUGGCACGGAUUAUACGGACCAUCAAGGGUUUUGUUUACGAUCAAGGAAGAAAGAGAAGAUGCGGAGUCUCAGAAAUCAUCGGCGGAGAGAAAGCCGAAGAAGAGGCAGUCUUUGGAAGAAUGCUUCGAGGUCACGAAUAGCGAAGAACUGGAGGAAAUUGUGAAGGUGGAGGUGGAGGUGGAGAGGGGGACACCGUUCACGACGCCUUGUGGUUCGCCUCCUUAUUACACUCCUUGUCCUUCUCCACCUCGUGAGGUGCAAAGGAGCGUAGUAGAACUCGAAAAUGUGCCACACCUACAGCAACACUGCAUCAGGGUUGAUUUGGGUGUUGAUGGGAUGCAAAGAGAACUGCCGGAGAUUGAGUUUAACGGGAAAAGCAAGGAAGGGUGCAACAUUUAGCUGAGAUUAAAAUUAGAAGUUCACGGCUGCCGACUCGCCGGUUAUUGGGUCCGAAGCCGAACGGCGAAGAAUGGUCGUAGUGGUUGAGCCGUUUAUGUAUGUACGUAAACUUCAUUUAGUAUUUGAUUUGACAUAGCUUCUCUUUACUUGGUGAUUAGUUUCUUCCUUUAAGGAAAUGGUUGUUACCGUGUUAUCUUUGGAGAGUGAAAGUGCAGCUUUCAGUCCGUAGCCCUGUACCGAGGCCUACGUACAAGUAUAUGAUAUUAUACUGCCGUUGGAGAUCUA